ACAAUUCAAAUAAUAUUCUUAUAUACUUAAGUUUCUUGUAUUUUUACACAUUAAAUAAUAUAUUUAUGUAUAAAAAUGCAAAAAAAAGGAAUUUAUUAAGUUUAGGAUUUGUCUAUUCAUUCUUUUUUCAGGAGGAACCUGAGCAUAUGCGAAAAUUAUUUAUUGGUGGAUUAGACUACAGAACUAAUGACACAUCUUUGAAAGAGUUUUAUGAGCAAUGGGGAGAAAUUGUAGAUGUUGUUGUAAUGAAAGACCCCCAAACCAAAAGAUCAAGAGGUUUCGGAUUCAUCACAUAUUCUAAAGCUCAUAUGGUUGAUGAUGCUCAAAAUAAUCGACCUCAUAAAAUUGAUGGAAGAAUUGUUGAGCCUAAAAGAGCAGUGCCUAGAGAAGAAAUCAAUCGGCCAGAUGCAAGUGCUACUGUAAAAAAGCUAUUUGUUGGAGGGUUAAAACAAGAUAUUGAAGAGGAAGACUUAAGAGAAUACUUUAGCUCAUAUGGCAAUAUUGUUUCUGUUAGUCUAGUCACUGAAAAAGACACUGGCAAGAAAAGGGGUUUCGGUUUUGUAGAGUUUGAUGAUUAUGAUCCUGUUGAUAGAAUUUGUUUGCAGCAAAACCACAAAGUCAAGGGCAACCGCCUCGAUGUGAAGAAAGCAUUGUCUAAAUCAGAAAUGGGUGGAGGUGGUGGUGGUGGAGGUGGUAGGCGCGGUGGCCGCGGAGGAGGGGGUGGUGGCGGUGGUGGCGGCUGGGGCCGUCAGAAUCAACAAGACUGGGGCAAUAAUGAUGGAGGUUAUAAUUCAGGAUAUGGACAAGGUGGUUGGGGUAACCAAAGUCCGUGGGACUCCAACAACCAAGGCAACUGGGGAAAUCAAGGUUAUGGGGACCAGGGCAAUUGGGGACAACCAUCCAACAGUUUUGGUGGUGGUUACCAACAGGGUUUCAGCGGAGGACCCAUGCGUGGUAACUUCAAUACGUCGAGGUCGCAGCCUUACAAUGCCGGUGGAGGAGGUGGUGGUUAUUCUUCCGGCGGAUUCAACAGCAACGCGCCUGCUGGCGGGAACCAGCGCGGCCGGUUUUAAAUCUUCACAAUAUUUAUUUUGUCCCAAGUUGCGCUUAGUUGAAGCUAGGCAGGCAGACGGUAGUUAGAGGGAGGUAGGCGCUGAUCUAGCUAGUGAGGGACGAGAAGGACUUAGUGAAGCGGCAUUAGCCAUAAUAUACUUAUUUACACCUACAGUAAGGUUGGUACAAAGGUACUGUAGGCUCUACUACAUAUAUUCAUAUCUCUAAUGGUCUUAGUAAUUUACACGAAUCACAGUUUUUACAUUUGAUAUGUCACGAUGUUACGCACGACUCUUUAUGUUAGCGAUAUUUCACAGUUAAAACUUCGGCUUGUUACUGUUCCUUGUAAUAUUUCAGAUUCUUUGUAAAAGCUGUUGAUUGCAGGCAAUAUUUACGUUACUAGUCCUUAAGGAGAAAAUAAUUAUAGUUUAUUAUGUUAAUUAAGGGUAUAAUUUCAAAAUUUUUAUCUUAUAAUUUUAUUAUUGAUGAUAGCUGUAACAUUCCAAAUCUUUUGAAGGCGAAUGAAGAGGAAUUUUCGUUAUAAAUAAAUACAUUACGCAUUGAUAAAACCUAUAUAGCUAUCAAAACAAUUAUAUUCAAAUAGUGCUUGACGCAUAAAUAUUAAAUAUAAUAUAUAAUAAUAUUUUAUAUACUUCUUGAUGUUAGUUAAGUGUAACAAGUUGUAAUAACUUUGAAUUCUAUAUUGUAAUGAUGACAAUUUGUAAUUGUUCCAUUGUUGUGGUAUAGGAAUGAGUUUAAAAAAAAAUUACUCAGAUAUAAAAUGUUAAAAUGUAUGUAACAUUUCUUUUUUAAGUAUUAUGCCGUUUCAAUGUUUUAUUUUUUUCGUUAAAUAGAUAUUUGGUCCAGGUUUUAUUGUAAGGUGUGAAGAUUAUAUAUUUCUUUCUUGUUAUUUUACGUGUAAUAUGUGUGUGCUUAUAAUUAAAUAACUAUUUUCCAUGGACUAUUCUAAUGUGGACGAGACGACUCGGUGGAAAAGGCCGUGGUAAGUU